CUUCAAGCCGUUUUCGUGGUUCUGAAUACAUGUCAGCUGUCAAUAAGGGCUUGGUAGAGAAUCAAAUUAUUUCAACCAGGUCAUUCGAUGAUAAAUGUCAUUGGUAAGAGGUCGCACCCUAGCUGACAGUAAGUUCGAAGUUGCACUCGUAAAAGAUGGCAAAGACUGUUAUAAUUUUCGCUUUCAUAUUAUUGAUAGUGCAGUCCAAAGAGCAUCAGAAGGAAACUUCAGACGAAGGCUCUUCCGGAUUCUUAACUUCUCUACGCGAAAGCUUGGUCUUCGAAGGCACAAAAUGGUGUGGCUUAGAUGACAUUGCAGAAUCGUAUGACGACUUGGGGGUCAACAUAGAAACGGACAAAUGUUGCAGAAGCCAUGACCUCAGUUGUCCCAUACGAAUCAAGUCAUUUCAAAGAAAGUACGGCCUGUCGAAUUGGUCUUGGAAAACUUCAUCGCAUUGCGACUGUGAAAUUCGUUUCAAAAGUUGCCUUCUCAAGGCGAACACCCAAGUAUCAAAGAUGGUCCAUGCAAUCUACUUCAACACGAUUAAGCCUCGCUGCAUCAGAUUAAAGACACUGAGAAAGAGAACUUGCGUGGAAAGACGGUGGUGGGUGUGCAGGAAGUUCAAUGUCAAAGUAGAACACAAGGCUUAUUUUGUUCCACUGGACAAAAUACUUGGAGUUAAUACAACCAGCUUGAUAUAAUAUCAUAAAAAUGUCAGUGUAUGUUUACAUUGGACAAUUACAAAUUUUUCCAUGA